AUUCCACGUUUGCGCCGAAGCUCAAUCGGGAUCCGCGUUGCACCCCUGAACUUGCGCCCCAGUUUUUAUUUUUUUUCCCUCUCGUCAAUCCUCCCCAGACCAUCGCCUAGGCUCAGUAUUUAAAUUGGCCCUGCUGCCGCGACUCGACCGGCCAACCCGCCGUCCCCGAACCCGCGACAACACUCGCUCUUGAGUUGCUCUUUUGGUUUCUGCUUGCCCACCAUGGAUGUCGUGCUCGAGCUCACCGACACCUUCAUCGCCGACCACGCCUACGCCUGGCUGUUCCCUCUGCAGCCCGCGCCGUACGACUUCCCCAAGGCCACGGCCGCCAAUGCUUCGGCGGCUUUUUCGUCAUGGACCUACAAGCCCGCGACCAAGUACUUCCAGGUCCAGCCCUACCAGGCUGCGUACCUGAGCUCUCUGCCCCGAGAUAACAUCUACCGCCAGGCGGUCACCCUCUUCCUCAUUACAUGGAUCUUUGGCAUCAUUGUCUACUUCAUCUUCGCCACCCUGUCCUACGCCUUCAUCUUUGACAAGCGCACCAUGAGCCACCCCAAGUACAUCAAGAACCAGAUCUGGCUCGAGAUCGUCCAGACCAACAAGUCGAUGCCUUUCAUGUCUCUCCUCACCGCGCCGCUCUUCCUGCUCGAGGUUCGUGGCUACGGCAAGCUCUACGACAUCACCUCCGAGGGACCUGGCCUGUGGUACAACAUCCUCCAGUUCCCACUCUUCCUCGUCUUUACCGAUUUCUGGAUCUACUGGAUUCACCGAUACUUGCACCACCCCAGGGUCUACAAGCACCUGCACAAGCCUCACCACAAGUGGAUCAUGCCCACGCCUUUUGCCAGCCAUGCCUUCCACCCCGUCGACGGCUUUGCGCAGUCCAUCCCCUACCACGUCUUCCCCUUCAUCUUCCCGCUGCAGAAGAUGGCCUACGUCUUCCUCUUCGUCUUUGUCAACUUCUGGACCAUCAUGAUCCACGAUGGCGAGUACCUCACCAACAACCCCGUUGUCAACGGUGCUGCCUGCCACUCGCUGCACCACUCUCGAUUCGAGGUCAACUACGGCCAAUUCUUCACUGCCUUUGACCGCCUGGGCGGAACCUACAAGAUGCCCGAGGCCUGGAUGUUCGAGAAGGAGGUCAAGAUGUCCGAGAAGAAGUGGAAGGACGAGGCAAAGGAGGUCGACGCCACUGUCAAGGAAGUCGAGGGCUCCGACGACAGGACCUAUGUCCCUGACUUGGCGACCAAGAAGAACAAAUAAGUGUGCAUAUUUCUUCUCUCACACACAAACCCCAUUUUGCAAACGUUUUACGACCAUGAAAAGUCCCAUCCCCUCUGGCACGACGUUGAAAGUCGCGCUACGGCGAGGUGCCUGAUUGGUGCCAAAUAUUUUAUAUAAUCUGCCGCCAAAUAUUUAUUUUUACCUGCUUUGUACAUAGUUAUUAAAAUUCUUAUUGGGUGGAUAAUGAGAGGGAAUCCCAUGACACCAUGGGGCUUCACUGCUGGAUUCUUGUCAGGCAUUUGGGUGGCAGAGGCGUUUAGAGGACAUGGAAUCACGAAAAAAAUGUCUGUUGAAUAAUGAGUUAUAGUAUAUUUCAUUUGAUGACUGGUAUCAAAUGCUCCGGCGUCUAUAACCCGGCGAUGUAAUAAUAAUAAUAAGACAUUUCCC